AGGCGGCCAUUGGGCCCGCGGCAGCCCGGGAACGGUGGACUCUCCCUGCUGCGGUCUCCAGGGGAGGACCGCGGUCGGUGGCGGGUCGAGGGGGCUGACCGUUACUCCGCCCUGGGCUGGAGCGGCCGCUCGGUUUCCAGCAGACAACAGCUUUGAAGUGUGAAGCAAAAAAGAGCAAUUUCUGAGCUGCAGAUACUAGUUUCCAAGCAGAAAAUUAAUUGUUAAAGCCAGUAUGGCCGCAGGAGGAGGUCCUUUUGAAGAAGGCAUGAAUGAUCAGGAUUUACCAAACUGGAGCAAUGAGAAUGUUGAUGACCGACUCAACAAUAUGGAUUGGGGUGGCCAACAAAAGAAGGCAAAUAGAUCAUCAGAAAAGAAUAAGAAAAAGUUUGGUGUAGAAAGUGAUAAGAGGGUAACUAAUGAUAUUUCUCCGGAGUCAUCACCAGGAGUUGGAAGACGAAGGACAAAGACUCCACACACAUUUCCACAUAGUAGAUAUAUGACUCAGAUGUCUGUUCCAGAGCAGGCAGAAUUGGAGAAACUUAAACAGCGGAUAAACUUCGGUGAUUUAGAUCAGAGAAGCAUUGGAAGUGAUUCUCAAGGCCGAGCAACAGCUGCUAAUAACAAACGUCAGCCUAGUGAGAACCGAAAGCCCUUCAACUUCUUGCCUAUGCAGAUUAAUACUAACAAGAGCAAAGAUGCUGCUCCAGGUCCUCAAAAGAGAGAAGUUAUUGGCUCAGCACAAUGUAAAGAGUUGCUUGCUUCUGCUUUAAGUAAUGACCUUUUGCAAAACUGUCAAGUCUCUGAAGAAGAUGGGAGAGGAGAGCCUGCAAUGGAGAGCAGCCAGCAGAUUGUAAGCAGGCUUGUUCAGAUUCGUGACUAUAUUGCUAAAGCUAGUUCCAUGCGGGAAGAUCUUGUAGAGAAAAAUGAAAGAUCUGCUAAUGUUGAGCGUCUUACGCAUCUAAUAGAUCACCUUAAAGAACAAGAAAAGUCGUAUAUGAGAUUUCUCCAAAAAAUCCUUGCUAGAGAAAAUGAGGAGGAGGAUGUUCGGACUAUAGAUUCAGCUGUGGGAUCUGGUUCUGUAGCUGAGAGCACAUCGCUAAACAUAGAUGUGCAGUCUGAGGCUUCAGAUACCACGGAGGCAUCUUUUAGUCUGAGAAUUCGGCCGUUCAUUGAGGACAAACUAGGGAAUUCAGCUUCACAAGAACAGGUUUCAGACAUUGACGUUACUACAAGUCCAAAAGGGAAAGGUGACAGACCUCCUCAGAAUGACAGGGAACUGAGGCCUAAUAGGAAAUAUAGCCGAAAACGUGGAUUUCCCUCAAAGGCCAGAGAUCCUCAGCAGGAACCUAUGGAAGAUAUAGAAAAUUUGAAGAAACAACAUGAUUUAUUAAAAAGGAUGUUACAGCAGCAGGAGCAACUGCGAGCUCUGCAGGGAAGACAAGCUGCUCUUCUUGCUCUGCAACAUAAAGCAGAGCAAGCUAUUGCUGUGAUGGAUGACUCUGAAAAGAUUGCAGGGACAAAUCCUGGCCAUCCUACUGUACCGGGCAGACAGCCAUCUCGCUCUCCUUUUCAUCAGAGAGUACCCUUACGAGUUGUAACAGAAACUACAGGAAGUCUAUCUGGAGUUAGUAUCACAUCUGAACUAAAUGAAGAAUUGAAUGAUUUAAUUCAGCAUUUUCAUAAUCAGCUUCGUGAUUCUCAGCCUCUACCUGUUCCAGAUAAUAGGAGACAGGCAGAAAGUCUUUCAUUAACUCGGGAGGUUUCCCAGAGCAGGAAUCCAGCAGUUUCAGAACAUUUGCCUGAUGAGAAAGUUCAACUUUUUAGCAAAAUGAGAGUAUUACAGGAGAAGAAACAAAAAAUGGACAAACUGCUUGGAGAACUUCAUACACUUCGAGAUCAACAUCUCAACAAUUCAUCAUUUGUGCCUUCUUCAGCCUCUCCACAAAGGAGUGUGGACCAAAGAAGUACAACUUCAGCUCCCUCUGCUCCUGUUGUCAAUGGAGAAUCCAAUAGCCUCCCGUCAUCAGUUCCUUACCCUGCCGUUUCUCUGGUUUCUCAGAAUGAGAGUGAAAAUGAAGGCCAUCUAAAUCCAACUGAAAAACUCCAGAAGUUAAAUGAAGUUCGGAAGAGAUUGAAUGAACUAAGAGAAUUAGUUCAUUAUUAUGAACAAACAUCAGAUAUGAUGACAGAUGCUGUAAAUGAAAACACAAAAGAUGAAGAAACUGAAGAGUCAGAAUAUGAUUCUGAGCAUGAAAAUUCUGAGCCUGUUACUAACAUUCGAAAUCCCCAAGUAGCUGCCACCUGGAAUGAAGUAAACAGUAAUUCCAAUGCACAGUGUGUUUCUAAUAAUAGAGAUGGCAGAGCAGUUCAUUCUAAUUGUGAAAUUAACAACAGAUCUGCUGCCAACAUAAGGGCUUUAAACAUGCCUCCUUCUUUAGCAGAUUGUCGAUAUAAUAGAGAAGGAGAACAGGGGAUUCAUGUUGCACAAGGUGAAGAUGAUGAUGAGGAGGAAGAAGCAGAAGAUGAGGGUGCUAGUGGAGCUUCAUUGUCUAGUCAAAGGAGCAGUGUGGCUGAUGAGGCUCCAGAGGAUGCUGAAUUUGAACAGAAGAUCAAUAGACUUAUGGCUGCAAAACAGAAACUUAGGCAAUUGCAAGAUCUUGUUGCUAUGGUACAGGAUGAUGAUGCAGCAGAUCAAGGAGUUAUCUCUGCCAGUACUUCACAUUUGGAUGAUUUCUACCCAGCAGAAGAAGGCACCAAACAAAAUGCGAAUAACAAUAGAGGAAAUGCCAAUAAAACACAGAAAGAUGCAGGAGUAAAUGAAAAGGCAAGAGAGAAAUUUUAUGAGGCCAAACUACAGCAGCAACAGAGAGAGCUCAAACAGUUGCAGGAAGAAAGAAAGAAACUGAUUAAGAUUCAAGAGAAAAUUCAAGCAUUGCAAAAGGCAUGUCCUGACCUACAGCUGUCAACCACUAGUGCAGGUAAUUGUCCCACAAAGAAAUAUAUACCAGCUGUUACUUCAACCCCAACUAUUAAUGAAAAUGAAACCAAUGCAAGCAAACCUGUUUUUGAGCCUGACGAUUCUUCAGUAGUAAAUAAUGAGCUGUGGUCAGAAAUGCGAAGACAUGAAAUUUUAAGGGAAGAGCUGCGACAAAGAAGAAAGCAGCUUGAAGCUCUGAUGGCUGAACAUCAGAGGAGGCAAGGUAUAGCUGAAACUGUAUCUCCAGUGGCUGUUUCAUUGAGAAGUGAUGGAUCUGAAAACCUGUGCACUCCUCAACAAAGUAGAACCGACAAAACAAUGGCAACUUGGGGAGGUUCUACCCAGUGUGCACUAGAUGAAGAAGGAGAUGAAGAUGGUUACCUUUCUGAAGGAGUUGUUCGGACAGAUGAAGAGGAGGAAGAAGAAGAGCAAGAUGCCAGUUCCAAUGAUAACUUUUCUCUGUAUUCUCCUAACAGCAUGAAUCGUAACUCUUAUAGUAUAAAGGAAACGAAAAAUAGAUGGAAGAAUAAUCGCCGUUACCCAGAAGAUGGAAAUUGUCGUCCAUUAGCCAAGACAAGACAACAGAAUAUCAGUAUGCAGCGUCAGGAAAACCUUCGGUGGGUGUCAGAACUCUCGUAUGUAGAAGAGAAAGAACAAUGGCAAGAACAAAUUAAUCAGCUAAAGAAACAACUUGAUUUCAGUGUCAGUAUUUGUCAGACUUUGAUGCAAGACCAGCAGGCUCUAUCUUGUCUGCUCCAAACUCUUCUCACCGGUCCCUACAGUGUUAUGCCCAGCAACGUUGCAUCUCCUCAGGUGCACCUUAUAAUGCACCAGUUGAACCAGUGCUACACUCAGCUAACAUGGCAACAGAAUAAUGUACAAAGGUUGAAACAAAUGCUGAAUGAACUUAUGCACCAACAAAAUCAGCAUCCAGAAAAACCUGGAAACAAGAAAAGGGGCAGUAGUGCACCACACCCUCCUUCUCCCAGUUUAUUUUGUCCUUUCAGCUUUCCAACACAGCCUGUAAAUCUGUUUAACCUACCUGGGUUUACUAAUUUUUCAUCAUUUGCACCAGGUAUGAAUUUCAGCCCUUUAUUUUCUUCUAAUUGUGGAGAUUUUUCUCAGAAUAUUUCUACACCCACUGAACAACAGCAACCAUUAGCCCAGAAUUCUUCAGGGAAAACAGAAUACAUGGCCUUUCCAAAACCUUUUGAAAGCAAUUCUUCUAUUGGAGCAGAAAAACAAAGGAAUCAAAAGCAGGCCACAGAGGAGGUGGAAAACAGUAGGACACCAUGGUUAUAUGAUCAAGAAGGUGAAGUUGAAAAACCAUUCAAGACUGGAUUUGCAGUGUCUGUAGAGAAAACUACAAAUAGUAAUCGCAGAGAUCAAUUAGAUACCAGCACGAGAAGACGCCAGUUUGAUGAAGAAUCCUUAGAAAGCUUUAGCAGCAUGCCUGAUCCCGUAGAUCCAACCACAGUAACGAAAACGUUUAAGGCAAGAAAAGCAUCUGCACAGGCCAGCCUGGCAUCUAAAGACAAAACUCCCAAGUCAAAGAGUAAGAAGAGGCAUUCUGCUCAGCAGAAAAGCAGAAUUAAGAAUAGUGGGUAUGAAAGUGCCAGUAUGUCUAGCACAUGCGAACCUUGCAAAAAUAGGAACAGACAUUCAGCCCAGACUGAAGAGCCUGUUCAAGCAAAAGUAUCCAGCAGAAAGAGUCAUGAGCAGUUGGAAAAAAUAAUAAAAUGUUGUAGGUCUGCAGAAAUAUCUUCAGCACAUGCUAGGAGAAUACUACAGCAAUCUAACAGAAAUGCAUGCAAUGAAGCGCCAGAAACUGGGAGUGAUUUUUCCAUGUUCGAAGCUUUGCGGGAUACUAUUUAUUCUGAAGUAGCUACAUUAAUUUCUCAAAAUGAAUCUCGUCCACAUUUUCUUAUUGAACUCUUUCAUGAGCUUCAGCUACUCAGUACAGACUACUUAAGACAGAGGGCUUUAUAUGCAUUGCAGGACAUAGUAUCCACACAUAUUUCUGAGAACCAUGAAAAAGAUGUGAAAAAUAUAAAGUCAGUGAAUUCUGGUACUUGGAUAGCGUCAAACUCAGAACUUACUCCCAGUGAAAGCCUUGCUACUACAGAUGAUGAAACUUACGAGAAGAACUUUGAGAGAGAAACACAUAAAAUAAGUGAGCAAAAUGAUGCUGAUAAUGCUAGUGUCCUGUCUGUAUCUUCAAAUUUUGAGCCUUUUGCAACAGAUGAUCUGGGUAACACCGUGAUUCACUUAGACCAAGCAUUAGCCAGAAUGAGGGAAUACGAACGUAUGAAAACUGAGGCUGAAAGUAACACAAAUGCAAGAUGUACCUGCAGGACUAUGGAGGAUGAAAACGGUGCUGCUGCCAUGACUACUGCUAAUAAUUUGAAAGAAACUCCUAUUAGUGAAAAUCAUAGUUCACAACAACCUGUAAGUGAGAUUUCUACCGUCCCGUGUCCUAGAAUUGAUACUCAGCAGCUAGACCGACAAAUCAAAGCAAUUAUGAAAGAAGUCAUUCCAUUUCUGAAGGAGCACAUGGAUGAAGUAUGCUCUUCUCAGCUUCUGACUUCAGUAAGACGCAUGGUGUUGACCCUGACCCAGGAAAAUGAUGAGAGCAAAGAGUUUGUAAAGUUCUUUCAUAAACAGCUUGGAAGUAUAUUACAGGAUUCACUGGCAAAAUUUGCUGGAAGAAAACUGAAAGACUGUGGAGAGGAUCUUCUUGUGGAGAUAUCUGAAGUGUUGUUUAAUGAGUUGGCUUUCUUUAAACUCAUGCAAGAUUUGGAUAAUAAUAGUAUGACUGUUAAACAGAGAUGCAAAAGAAAAAUAGAAGCAGCUGGAGUGAUACAAUCUUAUGCCAAAGAGGCCAAAAGGAUUCUUGAAGGAGAUCAUGGCUCACCUGCUACAGGAAUUGAUGCAGAAGACAGAGACAAGGAUGAGACCGAAACAGUUAAGCAGACUGAAACAUCUGAGGGGUAUGAUGGUGACGCUCCCAAAAAUGUGAGAUCUGAUAUUUCUGAUCAAGAGGAAGAUGAAGAAAGUGAAGAAUGUCCAGUGUCUAUUAAUUUGUCCAAAGCUGAAACUCAAGCGCUGACCAAUUAUGGAAGUGGAGAAGAUGAGAAUGAAGAUGAAGAAAUAGAAGACUUUGAAGAGGGACCUGUAGAUGUCCAGACUUCGCUUCAGGCCAACACUGAAACUGCCGAAGACAAUGAGCACGACGAUCAGGUUCUUCAACAGAACUUUGAAAAAUCAGCAGAAAGCAAAAAUGUACCAUCAGAACAAGAGCCCACUACUAGUAAAGAUGACCAGGAUAGUGCUCCUAUGAAACCGUGUUACCUCAAUAUCUUGGAAAAUGAGCAACCUCUGAGUAGUACUGUCCAAAAGGACUCGCUUAAUACCACUGAUUCAUCUAAACAGCCUAGCGCUUUGCCUUUACCUUUAACUGAAAUUGAAACCUUGGUGCCUAGAGUCAAAGAAGUUAAAUCUGCUCCAGAAACUCCUGACAGUUCUCUGGCUGGAAGUCCUGAUACUGAAUCUCCAGUGUUAGUAAAUGACUAUGAAGCAGAAUCUGGUAAUAUAAGUCAAAAAUCUGAUGAAGAUGACUUUGUGAAAGUUGAAGAUUUACCACUCAAACUGACAAUAUAUUCAGAGGCAGAUCUAAGGAAGAAAAUGGUAGAAGAAGAACAGGAAAACCAUUUAUCUGGUGAAAUAUGUGAAAUGCAGAGUGAAGAAUUAGCUGGGAAUUCUCAGACACUAAAGGAACCUGAAACAGUGGGGGCCCAAAGCACAUGAGAUGUCUUCAGAGGCUCAUCUGACUCUCUCUUUACAUAGUCAAUGCAUAUAUGAAAAUGGUUCUAAAUAAACAUCUGUUUUGAGCUGUAUAAAAAUGUAUAUUAGUUUGACACUGCAUUUUUGAUAGGUGUGCUAAUUUCUGCCCAUGGCAGUUAACAUAAGAAACUAAUUUCUGAACAGAUUCAAGCCUUGAUACACUGUGGGGUUUUCUCUUUCUCUUUCCUUUUCCCUCCCCAUUGUGAUGUUUGGUAAUGUUGAAUUUAAAAUGUAGUUUUAAAUAAAGUUUGAACUUACCUGUAAAGUAUCUUUUUUGGAAAUUAUGUUGAAUUCCAUAUAGCAAGAUACUGCUCUAUAUAAUUAGGCUGUUCAAAGAGGUAGUGGUCGAGAGUUAGAGAAAUACACUAUUAUAAAGUCUAGCCAUUAUGGCAGGCUUCCAAGUAAUGCCAGUAUUACUGCUCUCGGGUCUAAUGUUCGUAUCUUAUUCCUGUGCAAGGUAGGACAGGUUAUAAAGGUUUCUGGGAUAUCUGUGAAGUUAUCGUAGAAUAUAUAUUAAUACUCUAUUCAAAUUGGAUAAAUAAGUUUAGAACACAUGUCCUUAGUACUGACUAGAUAAUUUCCAGAAUUUCAUUCCUAUCUGUUGUCUCCAUCUGAAAAGAAAUACGUUUUAUAUAAUUAGAGCACAUUUCUGCACAGACAAUAACAUUAUAGUUAAUUUUAAAUGAAAAACUGAUCUCUUCCAAGUGUGGAUUAAUAGAAAUAAAUUCAUGUAUCAGAACAUUAAGGUUAUGUAUGCCUUUGGAUGAACUAUUGAGAUGAUAGUUUAAGACCAAAGCAUAGCAGUUGCUUCUGUGAGUAGUGAGGGAGAUGAAGUAUUAAGUAAUGAAAAUCUAUAUGACUUCAUUACUAAAUCAGCCAGCUUUUAAAAGAUGGUUUACCUUAGAUCCCAAACUUGCCAUAUACUUAGUAAGGCUCCACAGAACCAGUGAACAGUUAUUUAUUCCAGGUAUCUUUUAAUUUGUUAAAAAAUGACAAAUACCCUAUAAAAAUUGGUUGGUAUUCCUUUAAAAUUCUUACCUGCCUGAUACCUCAGUGUAAAACUGCAAUGUCCAAUCAGGAGUAUUAAACGAACAUUUUCCUAUGAGGACAUUUACUGUGUUGCUACUUAAUUUAGAAUUGUGUGAGACAUAUAUCUCCUACUUGAGUAAAAUCUAUUCAGAAGACUGUCAUUCCAGAAUCAGGAAUUCAUAUUCAGUUGGCUUGGCUUCAGGGAAAUUGAGACAAUAAAUUAGAUUUUAUGUAUACUCCAAUUCUGUGUUUGUUUUUUAGGUUGUAUAGGAGGGGGAAACUUCAUUUUCGUACUCAAGCCAAGCCUCACAUAUUGACUCUCUCUCCCUCUGUAUGCAUGUUAAGGGUGGAUAUAAUGGAAGAGUUGUACUCGUAUCUUAGUUGUUACUGUAGUACCUAUGAACCUUAUCAGACUUGUUUGACUUAUGUUAUAGCUGCUGUAAUCAUUUUAGUAGGUAAUUAAGUUUUAAAAUACCUAGAGCUUGAGAGCAAAUAACUAGUUUCAUAUGUUUUUCUCUAGUAGUUGUUGCUAAAGAGUUAGGUAUUUAAUAUUCCUGUCUGUCUUAAUUUAUAAGUUAAAAAUUUGGUUAGAAAUAAAAGAGGGAGAAAAGGUCAAAAUGAGAGAGAACCCUACACAGGUUGGGAUAAUGCUUGCGUAGUGAGCUCAACAGACUGUGCAGGUACUCUUUGUAUUUUGUAACAUUCACUUUGGGUAAAUGCUUUUUCACUGUUAAUAAAUGUAUAUCCUGCA